GCAGCCCGCAAGUCGCGUGAGCAGGCCCUGAAGAAGUCCGCCGGGGGCAGAUGGGAGGAGCCGUCCGAUGUCGGCGAUCCCUGGGCCCAGAACGCCAAGGGCAAAUGGAGCCUGCCGAAGCCGCGCUUGCCCCACAAGGCGCCCAGGCAGCUGCUCACCCGGAGGUUCGACCGCCUCGAGACAGCUACGCGGGCGAGUACCGACCAGGAGCCGCCCUGGGCGAAUCUUGAGACGAAGCUGCAGACGAAGCUGGAGUCGCCAAUCAGCAGGGCUGGUGCGCUCGUCAUCAUCGUUGUGUUCGUCAUUGUUCCGUGA